CAAUUACUUCGAAGUGAAUUGGUUCCAAUCUCAAGUUUAACAAAUCAUCAAGAAGAAGAAGAGGUUCAAGUUAAAGAAGCCAGCCUAUCAUCAUCAUCAUCAUCAUCAGUCUUAUCCGUUCUGAUCAAUAAUCAUCAAAUCAUUCAAAUCAAAAUAUCAACUUCUAAUUUGCAAUUGGUCAAUCUAAUCAAUCUACCAAGUACAACUAAUCAUGAAGCAAUCAAUACCAUCUCAUCAACACCAACCAAUCUAAUAUUUUCAUCAAAUUCAAAUUCUUAUCAAUUUCAAUCCAAUACCAAUACAAUCCAUCAACUCGAAAACAAUCUAGGACAUCAUCAUUCUACCAUCCAACACUUAACCAUCACUCAAGAUCCAACCUUAAUCAUCUCAUCCUCACUCCAAAACGGUGUGAUAGUCUAUGAUCAACUCAACCAAUCCAACCACAAACUCAACAUAAAAUCUAAAUCAAACAUCACUUCAAUCUCAAUCUCGAGUUUUUCUUCUAAACUAUUCACUAUCAACUUAGAAUCUAAGAUCUUAUUGUUUGAUUUGAAUUUACAUCUUACUAAACCGAUCACUGCAUUCAAAUUAAAUUCAUUAAAUCAAAAACACCCUCAACCUAUUUUGAUUAACGCACAUUUUUCUAAUUUGAAUUCAAACUUGAUUAUCUUUUUAAAUCAAGUAGGACAAAUCGGACUAGGUGAUCUAACUCACCACAACUUGAUUUCUCAAAUGGAUUUCCGACUUGAUCAAAAAGAAAUUAUUAAACUUUCGAGUUUUAGUUCGAAUGGAAAAACGUUGGUUUGUUUAACAAAUCAAGGAAACUUGAUAUCAAAAGACUUGAAAACAUCAUCUCAAACCCAUUUAUUAAACUUAUCGUUCAACGAGACUCGGGCUUGUUUAAGAUUACUUUUUCAACCUGAUUUUAAUGCUUUGGAUCCCAUUGAUCUUAACACUAAACCUAGAUCAAGACUGAAACCCUCAAGUCAAAAUCAAGUAACACCUAAAGAUCUUAAAACUGAAACCCAAGGUGUUCAGCAUGACCAUGAUUACCAUUCAUCAUCAUCUAUUUCUACACUUCUUUCUCCUCAACUUAAACCGAUCUCUUCUAAACCUAAAUCUAAAAAAGAGUUCGAAUUAGGUAUUCGAUCUGAAGCUAGAGUAUCUACUUUGGUUUCUAAACUUGAUGUUGAUGAACCAUUCAAUACAAACUCGAACCAAAACCGAAAAGAAAACCAAAACCAAAAAGAAAACCAAAACCAAAACCAAACGCAAACGCAAAAAGAAAACCAAAACCAAGACCAAAAAGAAAGAGGUAUGGUAAAUGUUUCAGUCAAAGAGCUAGAAAGCAUCAUAGACAG